AUGUCCUGCUCUCUCCUGCUCCUCCUGCUGCUGCUGCGCCCCCGGGGGGCGGGCGGCUGCCUGCACUGCGACCGGCCCUUCCUGCGGGGGCUGGGGGUGCUGCUGGGGGAGGCGGUGCCCUCUGAAGUGCCCAACCGGGAUGCCCUAAUUCAGCGCCAGGUCCAGGCCUUUGAGCGCCUCUACAGCACCCACCUGCCAGAGAAACACCACCGGGUGCUGGAUGUCCGCGGGAUGCUGGCUGUGAAAACUGCUCUGAGCAGCUGGCUGAGGGCUCUCAAGGAGACGCCUUGGAAAGGGGUUCACCUGCUGCAGCUGACGCUGGCCCAGCACCGCGACUCCCUGCGAACCCGCCUCCGAGAGGCCAUGGAGAGCUUCGCCGACUUGGAGGAGGACCCGCGGGAUGCGGAGAGGAAGGAAAUCACCCUCUAUCUCUUCCUGGUCUGCCAGUCCGUGCUGCUGGCCUCGGCCGCCCUGCUGUGA